GGUAAUAUUCGCACUAGCUACAGUUUCUGUGUUGUUGUCCCUAGUUCCAUUCUGAUCAUAGCCCAGAAGAGAGCUGUAGGUUUAUUUAGACCUCGCUGUUUAUCCUGUGUACAAGUGUUUGAGCUUAUGUGCCAGUACGUAAUGAAAACGACGGUUCGGAAAGCUUUCUUUUUAACACUGAUUAUGUCUUUGAUAUGUUUGAUCCUCUAUGGCUUCGUUUUCGAUGUUAAGAAGAUUUACGACAUUCGCAAAGGUGAUAUAUGGUCGCGAUUUUUGUUUGUGGAAGAUACACUCAUUUUGCCGCCACUGAAGAGAGAUGAUUUUAAAUUCAUGCCCCACUCGGAUUAUGACAACUUGUAUCUCCACGAUCCCCAUCACAGACAGACGACCUGCCCAGAGUCUGUCAUGUUAUCUAAAGAUCCUGAAUUUAAGAAGGCUUUCAUUCCCAACAUUCAAAUCUUCAUGCACAAGGAGCACUUCAGCAUAAAGGAAUGGAACCGGCUGAUACAUUUCAAUAACCCCUUUGGCUAUAUGGAUGCUAACUACACUGUACUUCGGGAGGCUGUGCAACUGAUCCCAAAACUCCAAAACUAUCAGCUUCUGCCUGUUCCCAAAACUGACAAAGAGGGAUGUAUCCGCUGUGCCGUUGUUGCAAGUGGAGGGAUUUUGAACGGUUCCCGGAAGGGGAAAGAAAUUGAUGACCAUGACUACGUAUUUCGAAUGAACCUUGCCGUUACCAAAGGCUACGAAGAGGACGUGGGACGCAAAACGUCGGUCUACGUCCACAGUGCCCACGCCUUGACUACUGCAGAAUACUUCUUCGGCGCAAACGGCAUCCCUCAUGAUGAGGGCAUCAGGUACGUCAUGAUCCCGGAAGGCAUGCGUGAUUUUCAGUGGCUCACAGGCCUGUUGAAGAACUCCACUGUUGCCACUGGACCUUAUAAGGGAUUCAGGCCCUGGAAGCUUUAUAGUGGACAGUUUGAUCCAAGAAGAUUCUUUGUGCUUCACCCUGAUUUCCUCCGAUACGUCCGGAACAGGUUCCUCAGGGCCAGCCAACUUAACACUGAAGACUGGCAGAUCUACCGGCCAACCAAUGGGGCAUUCACCAUGAUUUUGGCACUUCACACCUGUGAUGUUGUGGAUGCCUAUGGGUUCAUCACAGCAGACCAUGCAAAGUAUCCCAAUUACUACUUUGACAAGAAAAAAACUGAAGUUAUUUUUUACCUCAAUCAUGACUAUGAUUUGGAAAUCAGAACAUGGAAAAAACUGCAUGAUGCCAAAAUUGUGAAUCUUUACCAGAGGACAGAAGAUGCACGGUAAUUCACAAGAACAAUAGGCUUAACAGUGCAAUGGAGAAACCACUAUUUAUCCUUCCUCAUUAUGAAUGUAUCCCCAUUUCAUUUCAAUAUGUACUGCAUGUUAUAUAUUUAGCCUUAGCAUUUGAUGCUUAUCAUCCCCUCCACCUCACUUUCACACAACCCCUUGUAACAGGACAGCUGUGUUUUUAUUAGUUGUAGUGCCUGGGAAAUGGUUUUAGGUUUGUGAAGGUUUGACAUCAUGAUUAGACAGUUUGUGCUCCUGGUUGCUUUGUGGUUAUCAGCAGUCUCUCGGUUGUGAAGGUUAUAUGGGAUAGGUGAUGUGUAUGCUAAGGCUAAUUUGAAGGGCGAAGCAUGGGUGGCUCUCUUGAGGGAUAAGACUCCCCUCCACCACCACCACCAAUGUCUACACAGCUGUUGGCUGCAAUCACCUGUGAUGCGGUAGGUCUGGACAAGGGAUCGGCUGUGGGCUGCAAAAACUUGUGAGUGUGUGAGGAACAAAGGUGGUAAAAGACAGCAGCUUGGAGGAGACCAAAGUGGGGCUUAAAGAGUGGAGGGUGUUACCUGUCUGUUCCUGGAUCUCUGACAGGGUGUGCUGGACAUAGACUGGCUGGAUGCGAGAGAGAACACACUUCAGAGGUUAUGAGCUAGCUGUGAAGGGCAAGCAAGAAAAGAAAGAAUAGAAAAAGAAGAGAACUGAGUGGAUUUAACUAUGGGAGUGAUUCACAGAUCAUGUACAGACAGGCCUGUAAUGAGCUCACCCACUGGGGUGUGGCCUGGCUUUGUUUCAGUAAAGUAGUAACAGACAUGAUUGCUGCUGUGUUAGGGAAACAAGGAUGGGUUAUAUUUAGGGUCCAUGGACAGAAAGGACAAGUUGAGCUACUGCUGGCGAAAAUUAUUUAUGGUUAAGGUUGAACAAUGCCUUAAGAAUGAGGGAGAGACAGGGUUUGGGUCCAGAAGGGGAUGUUGGCCAUCCUGGGGGAGAUUUGGGUUGUUGUCUGAAUAUGGAAGGGAGACUGCUCCUACAUGGCAUAAUUCUGCUGUAUGUCACUAGAUAGCUGUGAGUGGUUCCUUGAGCGUAAGUCUGCUGGUUGGGUGUUGGGGAAUCCUGCAGUGGGUUAACCCUCAGAAGGCAUUGAGGUGGUAGUCUGGGACCACUCCUCAUGAUCGGUCGCCUGGGGAAAAGAAGCCCCAUCACAGUGUGAAACUGAGAAUUUCCCGGGAUGUAAAACAAGGUUAUCAAUAAUCCUGGAGGAGGUUAUGUAAUAGAGAAAACUGAUGCUGUGGUUUAAGAUUGCAUAGAGAGAAUGGGCUAAUGGUUAUAGCUUAUGGUUUACAUGUGAUGGUUUAUUGACUUAGCAUAAAGUCUUGGUUUGCUUGCAAACUGGCUUAUGGUUAAAAGUUACAGUUAUGGUUCAUAAAAUCCAGUUGCAGGUCAGCUAAAACGCCACCAAUCAGAUUUGUGUAGUUGGAAACCAGAGGCUGAGGGCUGUGCCUAAGGUUGGUAUGGCUCUCACACCAGUGACAAACGAGGACUCAGAUCCGAAACACGUGGUCUUUUAUCCGAAUUUUUACUUUUUCUCCUGUUUUCUGCAGUUCCUCCUGUCUCCUUAUAUUCAUUCUCCUUCCACGGUCUCUUGCUUCCUGUGUUCAUUGUUUUCCCCUUAAUCCCUGUGGUGGAACCAUGCACUUAGAAAUAUUAACACUACACCUCUGCCCCCUCCAGUCUCUCCUGUCUAGGCUUUGCCUUGGGAUCAUUGAAUAAUUUAGCAUUUUUUUUAUUUUUAUUAUAUUGCUUUUGUUAAACUCAAAAGUAUAGUUACUGUAAUUACAAUUCCUAGUAUCUGAAUAAUUUUAUUCAGUGAUCUUACCAUUGAAUUCUCUAAAAUUAUUAAGUUUUGUUUAGUUUUGAUUUCUUUAGUUUGUGUGUUUCACACAUUAAUAUUUUAUAUUUUACAUAUUUAUGUUUGAAUGGAAAUGAUUGUGCCAACUAAAUUAUUAUUACUACCUGUGAUAUAUUCUAUAUGUUUCAUUCCAUUUUGUCAGCUUGUAUGGAUAUGAUUCUUACUGUAUUUUUUGUACAAGGUCAUGUAAUGUAUUGUAUGUACAUGUAUUGUAAAUU